GCCACAUAAUUUUAACCUUGGUCGCAAAUACAAUAACAAAAUAUUUCUGAAAAUCAGCUCGUGCAUUAAAUAUAUGAAAGUGUUGGCACUAACGAUUCAUAUUGUGCUCACCAAAUGAACCUUUGAUUUACGUGUUUCUGACUGAGAAAAUGAAACCACAUAAUUCCAUCGUGUCUCAAAGCCAAAGGUAAAAAGUUGCAGCUGAUCACCAACAACGUGAAUAUCAGCAUGAUGAGAAAUGAGACGCAAAUUUAGUUUAAAAUGUUGUGUAUCAUGUCUACUUGCCAUAUUUUUAUUUUCAUUUUUCAUUCUUAUUUAUUCAACGAUUAACCACAUUGACAAUUAUCCACCAGAACAGAAUGCGAAUAGACAGCAUUUUAUUCCAAGGAAAUAUCCAUUUGUAAAAGUAACACAGAAAGGUACCAACAAUGAUAACUCAGAAUGCCAUGACCUGAAAGAUCAGCAUAAUGAGAAAGUUGAACUACAUUAUGACAUUUCCACUUUGAAUUUGCUGGGUUUCAUCGAAACACCUGAAGAUCAAAUUGUUAGAGAUGAAGGUUAUAGAUCUCAUGCAUUUAAUGUAUUGAUCAGUGAUCGCCUUGGUUACCAUAGAGCUUUACCAGACAACAGACAUCCAAAUUGUCAGAGUAAGAUCUACUCAACAAAGCUUCCCAGGGCAAGUGUUAUAAUAUGCUUCUACAAUGAAGCUCCUUCAGCAUUGCUACGUACAGUCCACAGUGUGUUGGACCGUACACCAGCUUUUUUGUUACAAGAGAUUUUAUUGGUUGAUGAUAACAGUGACCUUGACAACCUGUCAUGUCAGAUAGAAGCCUAUGUGAAAAACAACUUGCAUAAAGUAAGAUACAUGAGGACUGCCACAAGACAAGGACUUAUCCGGGCAAGGAUGUAUGGGGCUAAUCAGGCGGAAGGGGAGGUUUUAGUAUUCCUUGACAGCCAUUGUGAAGUUAAUACAGAUUGGUUACAGCCUUUAUUAACCAGAAUCAUUGACAACCGUGUCAAUGUUGUUGUACCAGUUAUUGAUAUUAUCAAUGCUGACACCAUGGAGCUUCAAACUUCACCACUGGUGGUUGGAGGAUUUAACUGGGGACUACAUUUUAGAUGGGAUCAACUACCUGUACAUGUUCGAGAUAACCCUGAUGUAGCCUCAAAUCCUGUAAAGUCCCCCACUAUGGCUGGAGGUUUAUUUGCUAUGGACAGAAGCUACUACUUUGAAUUGGGUGAAUAUGAUUCUGGAAUGGAUAUCUGGGGUGGAGAGAAUUUAGAACUGUCUUUCAGGAUCUGGCAGUGUGGAGGGAGGUUGGAGAUAGUACCUUGCUCCCAUGUUGGACAUAUUUUUAGGAAGCGACGUCCAUAUGGAUCUUAUGGUGAAGGAGAUACAAUGUUGAAGAAUUCUCUGAGAGUGGCCAAUGUUUGGAUGGAUGACUACAAGAAAUAUUUUUAUAAACAGAGACAACAGCCUACAGAUGUGUCUUAUGGGGAUAUUUCAGACAGAGUUGCAUUAAGGAAAAGACUUCAUUGUAAAUCAUUUGAAUGGUAUCUCAGUAAUGUUUAUCCUGAACAGGUUUUACCAAACUCAGAAGGGAUUGCUCCUGCUGUAAUACAUCCUCCAGAGAAAAGACUAAAGACAAAAGUGUUACGGAAAGGACAGAUUGUACAUACAACGUCAGGUCUUUGUGUUCAAGGGGAGAAAGAUAUUUAUGCUAAAAGAUCGAUGUUAAUACUUCAACAUUGUGGGCAGGCUGGCAAAGAAAAGAAAUAUCAGAUUUGGCACGAGACAGUUGACAGUGAACUGAUCCUAGCAUCUGUGCUAUGUUUAGAUGUAGAAUCCAAGGAACAGGGACAUUCUUUUGCCAGAUUAAUGAAGUGCCAUGGUUCUAAAGGAUCUCAAGCAUGGGUCUGGACAAAGAAGAGUGGAGUGUCUUUGCUGUACAAUCCUGCAACAGGAAAAUGUCUGAAGGCAACCAACAAAAGUAAACGUAUCUAUCUUACAUUAGAUAUAUGUCAAGACAACACGGAUAUGGCAUUUGAAAUGUCAGUUCAGUAGCCUACAACACAGAUACAGCAUUUGAAAUGUCAGUUCAGUAGCCUACAACACAGAUACAGCAUUUGAAAUGUCAGUUCAGUAGCCUACAACACAGAUACAGCAUUUGAAAUGUCAGUUCAGUAGCCUACAACACAGAUACAGCAUUUGAAAUGUCAGUUCAGAAGCCUACAACACAGAUACAGCAUUUGAAAUGUCAGUUCAGUUCAGUAGCCUACAACACAGAUACAGCAUUUGAAAUGUCAGUUCAGUAGCCUACAACACAGAUACAGCAUUUGAAAUUUCAGUUCAGUAGCCUACAACACAGAUACAGCAUUUGAAAUGUCAGUUCAGAAGCCUAUAAAAUGGAUAUUAGCAACAGCAUUACUAAAAAAUAUAUGUAUGCAAAAGUAACCUAAACUUUACUGUGAGAUGUCAAAACAAGGCUGUUGAUUUUGAUUAAUUAAUUUUUGGGGCUAUAAUUUUGGCUAAUACAUAGUUAAGCUAUCAAAAUUACUUGAAAAAUAACCAUUUUAGAACAAUAUACUAAUUUGAAUACUGUAAGCAUUAGAAUUUUCAUGCUUGGGUUAUUGUCACUUAUUUCACAUAUGCUUCAAAUCUGCAAAAAAGUAUCCCCUGUGCAAAUUAUUGUCAGAGAGCCAAACUAUUGGCAUGAAGUAUAUUUAUGGUUGAUACAGGAAUGUAUCACUGUGCAAAACAUUUAUGGUUGAUACAGGAAUGUAUCACUGUGCAAAACAUUUAUGGUUGCUACAGGAAUGUAUCACUGUGCAAAACAUUUAUGCACUGAAGUUGCAAAAAUAACAACCCAGGAAAAUAUUCCCGUUUACGAUAGGUUUUUGUCUUAAAGUGAAACCACAUAACAUUUCUACACUAAAGUGUUUAGAUUAUGGGUAUGACUAAGACCCCGUUCACUCUAUCAUUUUUUGAAUCAAUCUAAAUUUGAAUCAGAUCUAAAUAAAAUCAGUUUGCUUUCACAUUAUGUUUAAUCCUAAUGAUCUCUAUUGAUUUAAUCUGAACCACUGCGUUCACACUACAAGUAAAAAUGCAAUCGAUCUGCCCAAAUUAUCCGUGAAAUUGUAAACACUGUAUACAAAUAGAAAUAUUUAAUCAAAUAAAUGUGUUGAUACAUACACUUGCAAAAAAAUAAUGGAUGGAGUUAUUGUAGAUACUGCUGUUCAUAUAGUUUUCGUUAAUUUUCAGCCCUAUAAUGCUGGUCAUACAUUUUGUAAUAAAUUUUACGUGUAGUUUUGCCGCCAUAUAUGCCCACAAAUUAAUUUCGAUGUAAUCAUACUAGUUUAGAUCGAUCUCUGAGUUCACAUUUAAAGUUAGAUCAGUUCACUUUAGAUCGAUUCAAACUAAACUACCUCUUUUGGUGUUUUAAUUAAGACCGAUUCAAGAUGGAUUCAAAGCGUUCACAUUGGUCUUAAAUUGAUCUAAAGUGAACUGAUCUAGUUUAAAUUGAUCUAAAUGUCCAAGUGUGAACUGGGUCUUAUUUAUUGAUAAAACUUACAUAAUUGAAAGGUUUAAAAAAUUGACUGUUUUACAAUUUUAUGUGGCCAAGUAUUGACCAUCAUAUCUCCUCCUUUUGUUUUCUUAUUUUCCUUCAUCUUCAAGUAGAAAAUUUUGUGUACAUAGUUUGUUUAUCUAUAGACCAUAUAACAUUCUUAAUUAUAUUCACAUUUAACUUCAUUUCAUACUAUAUAUAUAUAUUGUAUAAUUGUAUUUGGAAAAAACAAUUGAUACUGACGAAGGCCAUUUGUUGUGCUGAAAUAUUUGUCAGUAUAUUAUGUAAUUUUGUUGAUAUAUAAUUAUAUUUUAUUGUAUCAUAACACAAAUCUUUAGACUUGUGUAUAUAUAUAUAUAUUUGGUUGUUUGUUUAUAACAUGAUCUUGUCUUUCUGUAAAUUCUGUGUUGUGAUUUAAAAGUUCAUAAAGUUAAAGCUUAUUGAUAAGGCAUAUUAACUGGACGCAUUAGGGGGACACUGGUGAUAGGGCAUACAAGCUGGACACAGGUGAUAAUAUUUGGUAAUAGGGCAUACUAGCUGGACACAGCUGAUAAACAUUAUGAUGAGUGUCUUUGAGGAAGGUCUUAUUGCAUAGUAAAUGAGUGCAUGAUAAAAAGAUGUGAUACUGUAUAGAUCAAGUAGAUCUUGGUAAACUAAUUAUUUGAAUGUGUAUGUAUGUAUUAAGACACAGUUUACUAGUCAGUAUAUUGUAUGAUGUCUGAAUUGUUUCUAGUCUGUCGUUAGUCUAUGUUAUCAUCCUUAAGUUACAGGGAUAUAGUCAGAUUUUGUCUUUCAUGAGCUGUCAUUAGUCAUUGUAAAUUAUCCCUCAAGUUUAUAGAGAUAUAAUAUGAUAUUGUAUUCAUGAGAUUUCCAUUAUUCUUUAUGAUCUCUCCUCAAGUUUACAGAGGUAUAAUACAAUAAGAUUUUGAACAGCAUUUAUCAAUGGAUUUGUCCUGAAUAUGUGUGAAAUACUUUCCACUGCAUGUUCAGUACUUAUCAACUAUAUUAUUACAUUGAUGAACUAUUAUUUAAGAGUAUGCAUAUAAAAUGGCCACUUAAUGUAUUCAUGUUAUUUUUAAUGAAUCUGUAACAUUGUUGAUAAUACACAAUAAUAAUUUGUGUAUCAUUUAUUGUCAAUUUGACGUUAAGAAAACAUACCAUAAACUUGUAUCUUUUAUUGUGAAUUGUAAGUGUAAUGCAGUUAAAAGUUGAUAUUUCAAGUGAAUAUUAAAUGUUUAUACUUUGAAUUUUAAAUAGGAAACAUACACAGUUAACUUGAAAUAUUGAUAAUGAAUUUUAUGUUUAACAUUCAAAUGUAAACAGUUGUGAAUUUUUUAAAUGUUUUUUACAUGUAAAAUUUAUGUGAAUUCAGAGUUUAAUUUUAUAAAUCAAACUCUCAAAUACAUAAGAGAUCUUUUGUGAUAAAAGGAUGACACAUCAAUGUUAUUUAACAUAAUCCUUAUGAUACUCCAAAUUGCCAUAUUUUUUAUAAUACUGAGUUUUAAGUAUGCAAUAUAUUUGAUGCUGUCUAUUUUAUAUAGUAUAUGUCUAUGCAAUAAAACUCCCUGUAGUUCGUGGGACCAAAUAAUUAUGAUAUGAUUCUUUAUUAAAGUUUUUUUUAUAGUUUUAUUACAUAUUAUGGAUACAACCAAGUGAUCAUAAAAAAAGUGAUUGUAAAUGUUCUGAAACAUCUUUUUGUGUUAAGGUUGAAAUGAUAAUUGAUAUGUAGGUAUAAUAUGGAAAACCAAAUUAAAUUGUCCAUCGAACAACAUUUUUAAAAUGACUGGAAAAAUUCAUAUGAUUUGAAUUUAACAAAAUUUCAUAUCUUUAAAUAACAUGAUAUCCUGAAUUAAUUCCAGGUGUCAACAUUCAUUUGUCAGUUGCCAUAUGAACAUUUCUGCCAAAAAUGUAGACAUUUUAAACUAAAUUUGAUAUCCAAGUAGAAUAUGAUAUGAAUUGAUUUCUUGUUGAAAAUAAUCCAUAGUCUCCUAUUUUAAAAAUAUCUUUUGGGGAUCAUUUUCAAAAUGUAUUAAAAAAUUGUCUGUGCCUUACAUAAAAAUAUGAAAGGCUCCUGCUAACAUGUCAGUUUCAAGUUUAAUUUAAUCUUUAGGUUUGAUCAAAAAUUGAAUAUAAGUUUUCUUUUGAUUUAACUGAUUUAAGUGACAUGAAUUUUAAUAGUGUAAUAAAGAUGAUCAAAUAAUGCACAAAUCAUGUAAAAGUAAGAAGUUGUUUGUAAAGCAAUUAGUAUGUUACCAUGGCAAUUUGUAUAAAGGUUAUGAUCAAAAUAUGAAUUUUAAUACGUCCUCAAAUAGAAAUAAUUUUUUGCAAGAAUAAGAUUUGAAAUAUGUAAGUAUUAUACUCAAGUUAAUUAUGAAUGCAGCAACAAACAUCAAUGGAAUUGUUUAAAUCUAACAUAUAAGAUACAGUUUUUGGUUAUUAUAAUUAUGCAGCUAUAUGUAAGGCUUUUUAUUAUCAUUUAUUUGGUAGCCUAAAAGAAACUUGUAAAAAAUGGAUCAACUUUGAUGUCAGAACAAUUUAUUCUCUUUUGAUUUUUCUUAUAUGAAAGUAUUAUACAAUCUAGGAAGAGAAUUUUGUUAGAUGUAAAUUGUGUAGUAUAAUCAUUUUAUGACCAUGAUGUCUUAUGUCAUCUGAGGUUAUAACCAUGACACCCAACUUCAUCAAAAGUUAAAACCAUGACACCUAACUUCAUCAGGAGUUAAAAAACAAUGAUGCCUUAAUUACUUCAUCAGGAGUUAAAAUCAUGAUGCCUUACUUCAUCAGGAGUUUAAACCAUGGUGCCUUACUUCAUGAUGAGUUAAUACCAUGACAUCUUAUAUUCACCAGUGAAUGUAUUGGUUUACUCUUAAUCAAGAUUAAUUUUACUAUACAUUGCUAAGCCGAUGUAAUUUACAAAAUUACUAUGGAACAUUGAACAACUUAAAAUUUGUCUGUUCUUCUCCACUUUUAGCUCACUAUCUUCCACUUUAAGUUACUUCUACAAAAACUACUCUGAAACAAAUGGAUCAAUUGGAACCAAACUUGACCACAAUCAUCCUUGGGGUUUCUAGUUUUAAAAAUGUUUCCAAUGAUCCCAUCUGCCUACCAACAUGGCUGCUAAGGCUAAAAAUAGAAAAAGGUUUAAUAUGCAAGUACAAAUGUAUUGUCUAUUUUCUUGUAAAAUCUUAUAAAACUUGACAGAAAUUUUCAGAAUGUAGAGACUGUCAAUUAUGACUCAAAACUUCUUGUAGAAAUGUUUGCCCUUAAAUGAUGAAUUUUACCAAUUUUUUGUGAUUUUGGCUUUAUUUUGAAAACUAAUAGAAAUAGAGAAACUUAAAAAGAUAAAUAAGUAUAAUUCGCAGGACAAGACCUUCAAUUCAAUCAACAUGGCCAAAAUCAUUUGUCAGUGCCUCAUAGGAGUUACUGCCCUUGAAUAACCAUUUUUACCCAUAUUUAUUAGUUAAUAUGACCAGUAAACCUGUUAUAGGAAUUAUUGGUCUUAAAUGAUGACUUUUAGCAAAUUCUGUGUUUUUUGUCAAAAUUAUAGUAGAAAGAGAGAAAUUUUGAGUAGGAAAAAUCAUCAGAUGAACAAGAUCUACUACUAAGUUAAUAUGGCCUUGACUAAUUUUCUGUAGCUCCAUAUACAAAUUAAUGCCCUUAUAUGACAAAUUUAUCCAUUCUUCUUUUUAAGUGUUUUUUUAGUAACGUUAAUAGGCUCCUUGGAUUAUCUAGUAACUUCAUGCUUUUUCUAUAAUAACUAUUUGUGUUUUUUUGGAAAAGGUGUCUGAAUAUCACCAUUUUACAAAUAAAUGUUCCAAGGUCGCUGCUAAAUCUGGUUCUGGGUUUAUUUUAUAGCUCAGUUGCAACAAAGUCAAGCUUGACUUAUAAUAUGAUGAUCGAUGUCCACAUUAAAGUUAACUGACAAAAUCAUUCAAGUCAUAAGUAAUAUCUUGGUUUAAUUUAUCCCUGACAAAAUGAUUCAAGUCAUAAGUAAUAUCUUGGUUUAAUAUAUCCCUGACAAAAUCAUUCAAGUCAUCAGUAAUAUCUUGGUUUAAUAUAUCCCUGACAAAAUCAUUCAAGUCAUAAGUAAUAUCUUGGUUUAAUUUAUUCCUGACAAAAUCAUUCAAGUCAUAAGUAAUAUCUUGGUUUAAUAUAUCCCUGACAAAAUCAUUCAAGUCAUCAGUAAUAUCUUGGUUUAAUAUAUCCCUGACAAAAUCAUUCAAGUCAUAAAUAAUAUCUUGGUUUAAUUUAUCCAGAUGGAAGGAGGAAGAUAUCUAUUGAUUUAGGGUCCAUAUGUCAAGAUUACAGCAGCUAUUGCUAGACUGAAAUUUUGGAAAAUUUUUGGUUUCCAGAUAUUAUCUUCUGAGCCAUAUGUCCAACUUUCACCAAGCUUGGUUCUAUUAUGCCCUGUGGGAAGAGAACAAUAUACUGAUUAUGGGGUCAAUAGGUCAACAAAAUUUUGGCAAGAUUUUGGUUUAAGAUAAAACAAUUUAUAAACUGAACUUUGGGCAAAACAUUUGGUUUGUUUUGAGAUUUCAUGUUUUGAACACAUGUCCAACCUUCACCAAACUUAGCUUGAGAAUGCUACUAGGAAUAAAUACACCCUUACAAUUUUUUAGUCCAUAGGUCAAAGGUCAUGGCCACAGUAAAUGUAAAGUUCAGGAAAAGUUUUGCUUGGAGACAAUACCUUUUGAGACAUAAAUCAAACUUAUAUUAUAUUUUUUAAGUGUUAUGUGAAAAAGACUUCCAACCAUUUAACAUUAAAACUGUUUGAUGAAACCAAUAAAGAUCUCAACUCAGCUCAUUUUGAAGAUUUUCGACAUCAGAAAAGGAAACAAUGGCCUAGAUUGUCAUCUAUGAAAAUCAUUAUUACAGAAUUUCUCUGUUCCAAGGUCAACUUUUAGUUGUCUAUUCUACUAAACAAUAUGGACUAAAUAUAAACUGAGACUGCUUUGUCUGUAAAAACAAAAUUCCUGUGAUGACAUGUUGGAUAUAUUGUGGUUCUGAUUUCAGUGAUACAUGGUUCUGGUAUGAACUAUAGAAGAAUAAAUAUAACACAACAUAUUAUAAGAUAAGUUAUCAAUUUUUAUUGUUGUUCUCUGUAAGAACUGUAUUCAAUGAAAUGUUUUGUGCUUGUUUGUUCCAAAGAUAUCUGUAAGCUUGACAAGAGAUUUUCAGGAAUCUGUUUUCUGUAGUAAUUAAAUUUCCAUUCUAAUCACAUUUUAGACAAAUUUUAGACUUAUAUAAUUAUUCAGGGUGAAAAAUGGACAAUCAGCUUAAAACAUAGCUGUGGGACCAUAGCUCUUAUGGUCCUGGUGAUAUUUUUUGACAAUUUGGAGGUCUGCAAAUUGUCAAAAAAUAUCAUAAGGACCAUAAGAGCUACAGUUCCUCAGCUACUUGAAACUAGGCUAUUUAAUGCCUUCCUUUAAAAAAAAGUGAAAAUAAUCAUCAUCAUCAGAUAUUGCUGUUAAGUUUUAAUAACCAAAGUUUUAGUGUGGGUUUUUUUUAUUAAAUGCUUACAUUGAAUGAUUUUUUAUUGAGGAUGCUGUGUUAUUGUUCAUAACCAAAAAAAGAGGCAUUUUGCUCCUCAUUAUUGAUUAGAGUUCUUUUGAAAAUAGUAUUUUUUUGUUAUAUCAGAAUCAUACACUAUUGAUUCUGAAGUUUUAAUAUAUAUUUACAUAUUUAACUGAAAUCUAAAGAUAUUUUAAACCAUACUUUUUUAUCAAUUGUAGCAUUAUAUUAUAUUUGAAAUGACAGAAAUUUCAAUAGUUAUAAUUUAAAUGAAGACUACAAAGUUUAAUUUGAGAUUUUUGAUUAACAGUAAUCUGAUUCUGUUGACACUCAAGAAUAUACUCCUGACCAUGUGAAGUAUUGUGAAGUUGUCGGUGCUAUGUUGGAGAAUAUACUCAAAUAGAAUGUAGAUCUGAACGUUAUCAUGAGAUGUUAUGGUGCUUUGUGGACGAUGUAUAAUAUACUCAAAUAAAAUUAUGAAUCUUAA